AAUUUCUUUUUUAAUCAUUUUCAGGGACUGAACUGGAGAUAUUUUGUUAUCCUAGUCUAGAGAAUAAGUUAAAAUAAAUUAAUCUUUAAGGUUUUAUAAUGUAAAAUAUAACAUAUUUAUCAUUUAUUAUAAUGAAAUAGAUAGACAAUGCAUGAUAUGUUUUGUAAGAAAUUUUUAGCUUCUAUUUGUUUGAUAAAAUUUUAUGAUUAAUAAUUGAUGAUUGAUUAAAGAAUUUUAUGUUUUAUAAAAAUGUUUAUAAUUAUAAAAUAUUAUAUCAAAAACAGAAGACUGUCGAAAAUCGGCCGAGGUAGUGGAAAGCCUCUACAAGUUGAUUCGAUUUUGACUAAAUUAAACUUUAUUUAAAUUAAAAAUAUAUUGGUACUUUAUAUUCAGUAUAUAAACAUUAACAAUUAUUAAUUAAACAUUAUGUCGGCAAUAAACACCAAGAUUAAUUAUACGUCUUCUAAUAUCUUUUUCUUUUUUAGGUUUAUUCUAAAUUUUAUAAUCUUCAUAAUGUAUUAUUACAUAAUUAUAUUUUGUGGAUUGAAUAGAACCAAUCAAAAUAUGUAAUAUGUAACAUAAUAAUACAAAACAAAAUCGAAGAUUGUGGAUGUGUUACCCGUCAGAAAUAUCCGUGGCUACAUAGUUCAAUGUCCACGUUUUCUGCACAUGGAGGCGCCAGUGAACGGAUUCUAAAAUGCGGUUCACCUAACUCGGCGUCUCAAAACCACCUAUUCACCACCCUACCACGAGGCGGACCAACCCCUUGCACCUGCGCAGGUGUAUCACACUGGCUCACCUUCUUAUCAACAUCUCCGAAAAGCCAGUCACGCCAGAAGAAAGGCUUGGCUCGGCUUACAUUUUCCUUCGCACCUUUCCCUUUUCUUCAUUUUCCGUAAAUACCGGUCUGAAGACGAUAUAUCUCCCGCUCUUUUCGAUCGUCACCACCUCGCAUCCUUCGAAGGGUCAAUCGCUGGGUAGGACGAUGCGAUGGGCGAGGGCAAAAGCGACCGUCCCAGCAAAAGGCAAAGGUCCUCCACUCGCGGCGUUGAUAAGUCGUCCUCGGAUUCCGAGGUAGCGCACGGCAAGGGCAAAGGGAAAGGGCGUAAGAGCAAGACCAGGGAGAGAUGGCCGUUCCUCGAAAAAUUGACGGUCGACGAGCUAGCUCGUUACCGGAGAAAACGGGUGCAGGAUCGACCGAAGGACAAUCUACAGACUCAUCCGGAAUCGACAGUUCAGUAUUCUGCUUCUGAAUAUCGGCGCGCGUUCGGUGCAAACGUUAAAGAGCUCACUAAGGAAAAUUUUUGGCCUGAAGAUUAUUUACGUGUAGAUGGAACUCCCGAAAAUGCGCAACCUCCGUAUUGCAUGGAUGUUAAAGAGCUCGAAACCGAAAUCGAAGAAGAUCCAUCUGAAACAAAGGAGAGUGCUUCCUCCCCAGUAAUUGAUGAAAACAAAGUGAUGGAAACGGGAGUUCCGCAAUUAGAGAAUUCAUUCCGACGUCCUUCACUCAGAAAGGGUACCAGUUUGAAGUGCAGCGGUGAUUUUUAUACCGAUACGGAAACAUAUUCUGCAUACGUGCCUUAUGAGGGCUAUCAUCGUCCCGAACUCAUACGUCGACCUACGUCCUUAAAAAUGGAAGGCGAUUUGGAUACUAUGACGGAGAAGUGUGAAAAAUUUAUAGAGUGGCUCAAUGUUAGUCGACCAGAACUCAUGCGUGUACCCACUCACCUGAAGAUGGAGGGUGAGCUGGAAACAGCAACGGAAAAUCAGGACAAAUAUGUUCCGUUCGUGGGAGCACGAAGACCGGAAUUGUUAAGACGAAGCACAAACUUAAAGCUCGAGGGCGAUACCUGUUUUGUACCGGAAUAUACCGAUGUGUUUAGAGACUACAGCGUUAUAGAUAAACCGCAGCCACAGAAACCGCAAAUGCAUUUAAAAGCUGGAGGAGACUUUUACCAAAACACAGAGAGCACCGAAAAUUUUGCUCAUCCUUGCGUUAAACAGGCACAAGAAAUGGCUGAACGGACUAAAGACAAUAACGAAGAAAACAGAUGGAUGAGAAGUCAGGAGGAGGAACGGAAGAAAGAUGAAGAGAUGAAAAUGUUGGUGUCGAAAUUGGAAGAUCUAAAUGGUCGGCAGCUCGAAAUUCCCGAAUAUCGUGAUGCAUACAAGGAUUUUCCACGUGAACGACCGAAGAUCGCGAAGCCGGAUGUCGAAAUAGGUCGCGCCGACGGUUCAAAGGUCACCUCACCAUCGCGCUCUAAGUUUUCCAUGAAGAUCGAUCAGGAUCCAGAGUAUCAGUCCAAGUAUCUCGAUUAUCCUCGAGAUCGUCCUAUCUAUCGUAAACCGCCUGGGAUGCUGCGACCGACGGGAGUGUCUUCUUCCGGUCGCAGUAGCGCGUGUUUUGGCAAGCCGAUUUAUCAGGAAUGUCGUACAUUUGAUUAUGAGCCCACUAGCGAGGUAAGAUCUCAAUACGUUCCUUAUGGAUUUGUACCGAGGGUUGAGACGCUCAAGAUGCCGGCUAAUCUGCGAUUGGAGGGCAAUCUCGAUCUUCAACCGGAAUACAGGAACGUUUAUUGCGCAAGAUACGAUCGUCAAAGUUGCGACGAUCUUAGAACUACUUAUGGCAGGGGUGAUCGUAGUCCGAGUGCAAGAAAAGAAUAUUAUUGGUUGAACACUGGCGGUCAGUGUGACAAAACGACCGCGCAAGGACAAGAUUCUUUCUGCAUAUUAGACACGCGGCUCCAUGAUGAGAAUGUUACUGGGAAACCGCCGCCCGCUAGUAGAAGUAAAAACUUAGCAAUCGCGAUUUCCAGAAGCUCCAGGUUAUCUCAAGCCGCAGCGGCGGCGCCGAGACCGACGCAGUUGGAGCUGGCUGAUCGCGCGAUCGUCACGAGGACGCGAUCUCCCAGUCCAACGUACCGUCUGCACGUUUGCGACGUCGACAAUGAGCCUCGAGGAUUCGGUCGACUCGGACAGUCUUCCGGAAGAGUACGCAGCCCAUCGGCCGACCGUCUGAUGAUUCAGAACGACGUCGCUAGGCCGUACUCGCCGAGUUUUGGUAGAAGCAGGCAGGACCGUCGUGUUAACGAUCAACCGUUUGUAAUCCUAGAUAACGUCUCGAAAAACGUAUUAGGUAAAAGUAGCGAUCGUAGAAGACGUACCGACAGGAAUCUCGAUGUCCCGGUACCGGUCUCUCGAGGAAGACCUAAAACACCGUCCAGAUGGAUGCCUCCGUGGUACGACAAUACGAAUACGAUCUAGAGAUCUUCGGCCUAGAACGAAAAAGUAUAUUCCAUAAAUAAAAUUGCCGUUUGUAACUUUUACAUUAGGCGAUGGACGUAGAACUGACGGCAAAACUUAACACUGCCUGUAACUUUACAUAUAAGGUAACUGGAAUUAUAUAUAAUCAGCCAAAUUUAUUUUUAAAUACUUACGUAUAUAUACUAUAGCGCUGAGAAGCUGCUACUACCUAAACUUUGCAAAGAUUAUAAAAGCAAAUGCGACAAGAAGCAAUCCUUGGGAGAUAUGUGUUUUUCUAAUGUUAAAUGCAGGUAUUUUGUUUUUAAAAUAAGAGAUAUUGAAUAAUAAGCGAUUUUCUUAUUAGAGAUAUAAUCGAUCACAUUUUGAUCUUUAUUAAAUAUGGAGUAAGUAUGAGAUUAUAUAUAUAUUAUACAUAUAGAUUUGUAAUUCAUAUUAUAUAUAUAUUACAACUUGAAAAAUUGUUAGAUUCUUAUCUAGUUUGAUAUGCCGAACUAAUUUAUUGUUAUAUAAACAGUAGCUAAUAAGGUAUCUUAUUACUGCCAUUUGUUAAACUGUACGAUCAAAUAUAUAAACGAUGCCCAGCUUUAGAGGGUCUUUUUUAAAGCACUGAAUUAUUUCGUCGACACUAAAAACGCAUUAUACUGAUUGUUAAUUUUAAAGUUGUCUAUCAAGAACUGUUAUUCAUAAAUAUUGAAUAAUACAAGAUAGAAAAGA